GGGACGACACAGCAGGUUUAUGGAAAUAAGCUGAGGAGGAGGAGGAGGAGAUCAUCCACGGAGCCAUUUUGUACCCAUUUUAAAGUGUGGCUUCACGCAGCCGCUGCGCGCCGUGGAUACGUUACCACCAUGGACACCGAGCACCUCUUCACGUGUUAAAACUUCACCAUGAGGGAUAAAAGUAAAACGCGGUGUUGGCAGAGGGAGAGCUAAUCUUUUGUUGGAGCACUUUCGGCGAACCCGAAUGGGACCUGGCAGGUAUCCGGGCAUGGAGCAGCCGAUGUGUUGGAUUUGGGUUUGUGUCCUGCUGUCGGUGCCGCUUGCGGGAUGUUUGGAGAUGCAUCUUUCGGAGACUUUACAGCCCGGCAGCGUUCUGGCCAACCUGUCUCUGGGACCUGGAUGGACUUAUGAAAUUGACAGGACUUUAUCUCCCAACUUCAUCCUGACGCUCUUCGAAGUUGGGAAGCGCAGCGGGGUGAUCCGCCUGUCCCACAGGGCUCAGUGCGCGCACACGCCGAGGAACCCGGCGCCUGUUUAUUUCAGGGCUGGCUCCUCGACGUCCGGGGACGCGACCCUGACGCGUUUUAACGUGUUUGUCCACGGACAGGACUGUUUUAUAAAGUACAAGAGAAAGCGUGAGCCGGACAUUCACAUAAAACACGUUUUGAAACUGACGCCAGCUCCCUGUUUACACGCAGGUAAAUUGUUAUUGAAUGUAAAGAAACUUUUGCCCACAUCCACCCAAAGUAUAAACUUUUUAAAUACGAAAUGCGUCGGAAGCGACUUUGUUGCGGCGUUCAGGCAUGGAGAUUUGUUCCUUGUCAAUGACUUGUGCCUUCAGCACAGAGGGGAACUGGAUUUGCACUGUGACCUGCACGGCUCUCCAAGCGGCAGGCGGUAUGUGCAGCUGAGUUUGACUCUCUUCCAACAUGGAAGCGCCCACAGACAAUCUGACAAACCGAUCCACAGGGGGAAGCGACAGGUAAACACUUCUCCCCAGUUCCAGCAAAUCAACUUUCAGGUGUCUUUUCCGGAGAACGAGCCCUCAUACACGCGAGUCAUCACCCUGAAAGCGACUGAUCCGGAUGAAGGAGAGGCAGGGAGGCUGGAGUACUCCAUGGAGGCUGUGUUUGACGAGAGGUCUGAUGACUACUUCCAAAUUGAUGCAAAGACGGGGAGCGUAAUGACUGUCCAAACACUUGAUCGAGAACUGAAGGACACUCAUGUUUUGAAGAUUUCUGCAACUGACAACGGUAGCCCACAGAGAUCUGCCACAUGUUACCUGACCGUCACGGUGAGUGACAAAAAUGACCACCGGCCGGUUUUUGAAAAAGACAAUUACCAAGCAAGCAUCAAUGAGAAUGUGGAGAUUGGCUACGAUGUCAUAACAAUCCGUGCCACUGAUAACGAUGCCCCCUCCAAUGCCAACAUGAUUUAUAAAAUCGUCAAUGAAGAAGAUAUCAACUCCGUGUUUGAGAUCGACUCGCGGAAUGGCCUGGUGAGGAUCCGAGAGCGACCGGACAGAGAGACCCGGGCCAAGUACAAGUUAAUCGUUGUGGCCAAUGACCAGGGCAAGGACCCGCACCCUCUGACCGCCACUGCCACGGUUCACAUCGAAGUGAAGGACGAAAACGACAACUCCCCCCAGUUUAGCGAGAAGAAGUAUGUGGUGCAAGUCCCAGAAAAUGUAGCCGUCGACACAAAAGUCAUCCAGGUGGAGGCGACUGACAAAGAUGAGGGGAAUAAUGCCAAAGUUCAAUACAGCAUCAUCAGUGGCAACGUUAAAGGCCAGUUCUACAUACACUCCCUCACUGGCGUGAUUGAUGUCAUCAACCCUCUGGACUAUGAGAUGAUUCGGGAGUAUAACCUGAGGAUCAAAGCUCAAGAUGGUGGCAGGCCUCCGCGUAUAAACAGUACAGGGUUGGUGGUGGUGCAAGUGGUGGACGUCAAUGACAAUGCGCCCAUGUUUGUCAGCACUCCUUUCAAAACCUCUGUACUGGAAAACGUACCCAUCGGUUACUCUGUUAUCCACAUUCAAGCCAUAGAUGGCGAUUCGGGAGAAAACGCUCGUCUGGAGUACCGGCUCACUGAUACAACACCUGGUUUCCCGUUCACCAUCUACAACAGCACAGGUUGGAUUACAGUAAGCCAAGAACUGGACAGGGAGACUACUGAGUCUUACAACUUUGGCAUUGUGACAAGAGACCAUGGGAUGCCCGCUUUGUCUUCAUCCACCAGCGUCAGCAUCACGGUACUGGACAUGAACGACAACGUGCCCACGUUUACCGAAAACAGCUACUCCCUAAAGAUCAAUGAAGAUGCUAUGGUGGGAACCAGCGUGCUGACAGUGACAGCCAUCGACAGGGACUUGAACAACGUGGUGACGUAUCAGAUCUCCAGCGGAAACACCAGAAACCGCUUUGCCAUCACCAGCCAGAGCGGCGGCGGCCUCAUCACCCUGGCACUUCCGUUGGACUACAAGCAAGAGCGGCAGUAUGUCCUGACAGUCAUGGCGCACGACGGAACGCUCUACGACACGGCUCAGGUGUUCAUCAAUGUGACGGACGCCAACACGCACCGGCCCGUUUUUCAAACCGCCAACUCCCAUGUGACGCUAGACGAAGGGGAGCCCAUAGGUCACACUGUCGUUAAGAUCAGUGCAACAGACGAGGACACGGGGGAGAAUGCGCGCAUCACGUACGUCAUGGAAGACAACAUUCCGCAAUUUAAAAUUGACCCGGAUACAGGUGUAAUCACAACACAGAUGGAAAUUGACUAUGAAGAGCAGACAUCCUACACUUUAGCCAUUAUUGCCAGAGACAAUGGCAUCCCUCAGAAAUCUGAUACCACCUACGUGGAGAUUGCUGUUGUGGAUGUUAACGAUAACGCUCCCCAGUUCCGCACAAAUAUCUACCAGGGGAGUGUAUUCGAAGACGUCCCCAGCUUUACCAGUGUGCUCACGAUUUCUGCUUCAGACAAGGAUUCAGGCCCCAAUGGAAGGCUGAGUUACACCUUUCAGGGUGGAGAUGAUGGUGAUGGGGAUUUCACGAUUGAGCCAAAUUCUGGGACCAUCCGAACAGCUCGCAAACUGGACCGCGAGAACGUCCCCGUCUAUGAUCUGACGGCCUUUGCCGUGGAUAAAGGGGUUCCUCCUUUGAAGGCAAGCGUUUCUGUUCAUGUAGUCAUCCAGGAUGUAAAUGACAAUGCUCCGGUGUUUAAGCAGGAUGAGCUUUUUUUUAAAGUGAAGGAGAACAGUCCUGUCGGGUCGGUCAUUGCCCAAAUAACUGCCAACGACCCCGACGAGGGCACCAACGCUGAGAUUAUGUACCAGAUUGUGGAGGGGAAUAAUCCAGUAGUUUUUGACCUUGAACUUUUAACGGGUGACCUUACCGCUCUCGCAGACCUGGAUUAUGAGACCAAAACGGAGUUCGUCAUUGUGGUGCAGGCCACGUCACCGCCACUGGUCAGCCGGGCCACGGUGCACAUCUGCCUGGAGGACGUGAACGACAACAAGCCUGUACUGCAUAACUUUGAGAUCAUCUUCAACAACUAUGUCACCAACAAGUCCAACAGUUUUCCAACGGGGAUUAUUGGAAACGUACCAGCCCAUGACCCAGAUGUGUCGGACAAACUGCGGUACAAGUUUGAAUCUGGAAAUGAGCUCAAUUUGCUGCUGUUGAACGAAGACACUGGGGAUUUGAGACUGAGCAAGGAUCUGGAUAAUGACAGGCCUUUGGAAGCCCCCAUGACCAUUUCUGUCACAGAUGGCGUCCAUAAAGUGACGGCCACGUGCACGCUGCGGGUCACCAUCAUCACCGACGACAUGCUGACCAACAGCAUCACGGUGCGUCUGGAGAACAUGUCCCAGGAGCGCUUUCUGUCUCCCCUCCUCAGCCGCUUCCUCGAGGGGGUGGCGGCCGUGCUGUCCACCAGGCGGGAGGCCGUGUUCGUGUUCAACAUCCAAAACGACACCGACGUGCAGGGCUCCAUCCUGAACGUCACCUUCUCGGCGCUGCAGCCCGGAGGCGUCGCCGGUAAAGGGACGUUCUUCCCCUCCGAGGACCUCCAGGAGCAGAUCUACCUGAACCGGACGCUGCUGAGGCUCAUAUCCUCUCAGGAGGUGUUGCCGUUCGAUGAUAACAUCUGCCUGCGGGAGCCCUGCGAGAACUACAUGAAGUGCGUCUCCGUGCUGAAGUUUGACAGCUCGCCGCCGUUCAUCGCCUCCAACACGGUUCUUUUCCGGCCCAUCCACCCCAUCAACGGGCUCCGGUGCCGGUGCCCGGUGGGUUUCACCGGGGACUCCUGCGAGACCGAGAUCGACCUUUGCUACUCUGCGCCGUGCAAGAACAACGGGACGUGCCGCAGCCGUGAGGGGGGUUACACCUGCGAGUGCCCGGAGGACUACACGGGCGAGCACUGUGAGGUGAAUGCAUCUUCAGGCCGCUGUGUUGCCGGCGUUUGUAAGAAUGGCGGGAAAUGUGUCAACCGGCUCGCAGGAGGUUUUAUGUGCGAGUGCCUGCCAGGGGAGUUUGAGAAGCCUUACUGUGAAAUGACCACCCGCAGCUUCCCCGGACAGUCGUUCGUAACAUUCAGGGGUCUCCGGCAAAGGUUCCACUUCACCGUCACCUUCAUGUUUGCGACCAGAGAAAGAAACGCUCUGCUCCUUUACAACGGCAGGUUCAACGAGAAGCACGACUUCAUCGCCCUGGAGAUAAUCGACGAACAGAUUCAGCUUACCUUCUCCGGAGGUGAGACUAAAACCACCGUGUCUCCCUACAUCACCGGAGGAGUCAGCGACGGCCAGUGGCACUCUAUCCAGCUCCAUUACUACAACAAGAUCUCUUCAGCCGUGUCUUCUCGCGGCGAUCUCCGAUGGGAUCAAGUGCGUCGUCAUGGCCGCGGCACGCCUGUCGCCCCUGGAAACGGCUGCCGAGAGGGAGGGAAUCUUCAUCAGGAGUCGGGGCGUGGGCCUAACAUGGGGCGCCUCGGCCUCCCUCACGGACCCUCCGCCGAAAAGGUCGCGGUGGUCGCCGUGGACGACUGUGACAUCUCCAUGGCGAUUCGCUUCGGGAGACAGAUCGGCAACUACUCCUGUGCCGCCCAGGGCACCCAGACCGGACAGAAGAAGUCACUGGACUUGACAGGGCCGCUGUUGCUGGGAGGAGUUCCCAAUCUUCCUGAGGACUUCCCAGUCAGGAACAGAAACUUCGUGGGCUGCAUGAGGAACCUAACCAUCGACAGCAAACCCAUUGACAUGGCCAGCUACAUCGCUAACAAUGGCACAGCUGCAGGAUGUCCGGCAAAGAAGAACUUCUGCGCGAGCGUGGCGUGUCUGAACGGCGGCGUGUGCGUCAGCAAGUGGAACACCUACAGCUGCGACUGUCCUACUGGCUAUGGGGGCAAGAACUGUGAGCAAGAGAUGCCUUCUCCUCAGUCCUUCGAUGGCCAGGCGUUGGUCUCCUGGAGUGAGCCGGACAUCACUGUCGCUGUGCCCUGGUACAUAGGUAUCAUGUUCCGGACGCGGCAGCCGACUGGUACUCUGAUGCAGGUCAAUGCCGGGCCCUCCUCCACCAUAAACCUCAUGGUGAGGGAGCAACAGAUCCAUAUGGACGUGCUGCUAAGGGAGCAGCUGUUUGCAUCGCUGGGUUUCCCCCAAGUCCGGGUCAACGACGGGGAGUGGCACCACUUGCUGGUGGAGCUGAAAAUCAUCAAAGACGACAAAGAUAUUAAAUACAUGGCAGCUGUAUCCCUGGAUUACGGCAUGUACCAGCAGAAGUCUGUGGAGGUCAGCAAUGAGCUGCCGGGCCUGAAGGUGCAGACUCUUCAUGUGGGAGGGCUGCCGGGAGAGGGAAACGUUGUCAACCAAGGAUUUGUUGGCUGCAUACAGGGCGUGCGCAUGGGAGAGACGUCCACCAACGUGGCCAACGUGAACAUGGCUCAGGGCCUGAAAAUCCACGUGGAGGACGGCUGCGAUCUGGCCGACCCUUGCGACUCCAACAUCUGCCCAGAGAACAGCCACUGCAGCAACGACUGGAGCACGCACACGUGUGUCUGCGACCCAGGUUAUUUCGGUAAGGAGUGCGUGGACGCUUGUCAGCUCAAUCCCUGUGAGCACGUCUCCAGUUGCGUCCGCACGCCGAGUUCGUCCCACGGAUACACCUGCGAAUGUGGACAAAACUACUACGGCCAGUACUGUGAAAAAGUGGAGAAACCGUGCCCUGAGGGCUGGUGGGGCAGUCCGGCGUGUGGGCCCUGUAACUGCGAUACAAGCAAAGGAUUUGAUAAAAACUGCAGCAAAACCACCGGAGAGUGCCGUUGCAAGGACAACUACUACCGUCCUGAGGGCGAGGACACCUGCUACCCCUGCGACUGUUUCCACGUUGGCUCCAAGUCUCGAAAGUGCGACCCGGUCACCGGUCAGUGCCCCUGCAAGGGAGGCGUCAUCGGCCGUCAGUGCAACCGCUGCGAUAACCCCUUUGCCGAAGUGAAAGACGCCGGAUGUGAGGUUGUGUAUGAAGCCUGCCCGAAGGCGUUUGAGGCUGGCAUUUGGUGGCCAAAGACUAAAUUUGGACUCCCUGCUGCCGAGAAGUGUCCCAAAGGAUCCAGAGGUACGGCCAUUCGCCACUGUAGCGAAGGGCAGAAGGGAUGGUUGGCUCCUGAACUUUUCAACUGCACCACAGAAACUUUCUCUGACUUGAAAAAAAUGAAUGAGGACCUGAGUCGCAACAGCUCCCGGAUGAACAGCGAACAGUCCAAGGCCAUUGUGCGUUUGCUUCACGGCGCCACAAAUAAAAAGCGGCGCUUCUACGGCAACGACGUCAAGAUGGCUUCCCAGCUGCUGAAUCACGUGCUGAAGUACGAGAGCCGGCAGGCUGGCUUCGAUCUGGCCGCCAUGAAGGACGCGGAGUUCAAUAAGAAUUUGGUUCAGGCUGGCAGUGCCAUUCUGGACCCUAGCACCAAGGACCACUGGGAUCAGAUCCAGAGGACGGAAGGCGGCACGGCACACCUGCUCCGCAACUUUGAGAAAUAUGCCAACACCUUGGCCCAAAACGCCCGGAAGGCCUACCUCAAACCGUUCACCAUCGUCACAGACAACAUGAUCCUAACCAUGGACUACUUGAAUGUGUCUGAGCCUGAGAAGGCAACAUUACCUCGCUUCAAGGACAUCCAAGAGUCUUACCCCAAAGAGCUCGGGUCUUCUGUCCACUUUCCACUUUUCAGCUCGCAAGAUCGUAACCAAAAAGAAGAGCCAACUCCAGAACUUCCCGCCCAGACCGAUCGCCCCGAAGAGGAGGAGCAUACAGUGUCAGACAGGAAACGACGCCACCUGGAGCCUCCCCCACCGCAGCCGGUUGCUGUGGUGAUAGUGUAUAAGUCGCUGGGUCAGCUCCUGCCAGAAAAAUACGACUCCGACCGGAGGAGUCUGAGGCUCCUCAACCGUCCAGUGAUCAACACAGCAAUAGUAAGUGCCAUGGUCCACAGUGAGGGUCCUCCCCUUCCUCCGAUCCUGGACCCACCCAUCACCUUGGAGUACACCCUGCUGGAGACAGAGGAGCGGACGAAGCCUGUCUGUGUGUUCUGGGACCACUCGUCCUCGAUCGGAGGUACUGGCGGCUGGUCCUCCAAAGGCUGCGAGGUGCUCAACAGGAACAACAGCCACAUCAGCUGCCAGUGUAACCACAUGACCAGCUUUGCUGUGCUGAUGGACAUUUCCAAGAGAGAGCACGGCGACGUCCUCCCGCUGAAGAUCGUCACUUACAUCGCGUUGUCCGUUUCCCUGUCCCUCCUCCUCCUCACCUUCAUCCUGCUGUGCCUCCUGCAUCGGCUCCGCUCCAACCUGCUCGCCAUCCACAGGAACCUGGUGGCGACGCUCUUCUUCUCCGAGCUGGUCUUCCUGCUCGGCAUCAAUCAGACGGACAACAUGUUCGUGUGCACGGUGAUAGCCAUCCUCCUCCACUACUUCUACAUGUGCACGUUCGCCUGGAUGUUCGUGGAGGGGCUGCACAUCUACCGCAUGCUGACCGAGCAGCGGAACAUCAACCACGGCCACAUGCGCUUCUACUACGCCAUCGGCUGGGGCAUCCCAGCCAUCAUCACCGGUUUGGCAGUCGGCCUUGAUCCUCAGGGUUAUGGAAAUCCAGAUUUCUGCUGGCUUUCUGUGCACGACACACUCAUCUGGAGCUUCGCAGGACCCAUCUUCGUGGUCGUUCUUGUGAACGUGGUGAUCUUCAUUUUAGCAGCGAAGGCUUCUUGUGGUCGCAGGCAGAAGGUUAUGGAGAAGUCCGGAGCUAUCCCUGCCCUGCGUAUGGCCUUCCUCCUCCUGCUACUCAUCAGCGCCACCUGGCUCCUCGGCCUCAUGGCGGUCAACGGCGACGUCAUAACGUUCCACUACCUGUUCGCCAUCUUCAGCUGCUUGCAGGGAGUCUUCAUCUUCUUCUUCCAUGUGGUCUUGAACAAAGAGGUGAGGAAGAACCUCAAGAAUGUCUUCACGGGUAAAAAGACCGUGCAGGACGACUCCAGCACCACGAGGGCUUCCCUCCUCACUCGCACUCUCAACAGCAACACAUAUGUAGAGGACGGCCUUCUGCAUCGCACAGCCUUCGGCGAGUCUAACGUCUCCCUGGACAGUACACUCAGGUCAGCCAAGAGCCGCAGCAGCUACCUGGCGUACACACUCAGGGAAGAGUCGGGUCAGAAGCCCAGCUCCUCAGGAACGGCUAAAGGACACACAGAUCUGGAUGGACCUCUUUUCCACAGAAAUGGCACCAAGGGAGACGACUCUGACUCAGACAGUGAGUUGUCCGCCGAUGAACACAGCUCCUCCUACGCCUCUUCCCACUCCUCUGACAGCGAGGACGAUGAUUUGGACGUCAAGCCGAAAUGGAACAACGAGAGACCCCUUCACAGCACCCCGAAAGGCGACUCUGUCCCCAACCAUGCGAGACCUUACUGGCCAACAGAGGGCACCACAGCUAGUGACAGCGAGGACCCGGGCGGGACAGACAGGCUGAGGGUGGAGACCAAGGUGAACGUGGAGCUCCACCCAGAACAUAAACUGAACCACGUCGGGGAAAGAGAGAGGGAAGCUCUCUCGGAGGGGGACAAGCAGACGGCGGGUAACGCCAAAGAUGUUGCGCCGCCUAGCCAACCCAACAGCAACCACCAACCGGAGCAGAGAAAAGGUAUAUUAAAGAACAAGAUCAGCUACCCUCCCCCGCUGACCGACAAGAACAUGACGAACCGUCUGAGGGAGAAGCUGAGAGACUGCUCCCCCACCAUCACUUCCCCUCCGCCCAUCAACAACAACAACACCUCCCCCCUGCCUCCCUCCACCGUCAACAUCAUGGCCCCUUCGUCCCGGCCGCCGUCCCAGACCUCCACCGACGGGGGGGUCCGCCUCGGCAACCACGACCGCGGCUCCCUGGUGAAGCCGCCCGUCGCUCCCCGCCCUCAGCUCUCCAACGGGCCGCCGCCGGGGGGCAUCUACCGGGAGACCAACGGGGGCGUGGCCAUGCACUUAAAGUCGGGGACGGUGAACGGAGGGAACGAUUCCGACUCAGAUGGCAGUAACGAGACUUCAAUCUGACCCCGUCAGGCAAUUCCAGACCAGCCCGCCGUUGUGAGGGGAGGAGCCUGCUGACAGGAAGUGAGCCGAGAAGAGAAGAGAAGAGCAGAUAAAAGAAAAAAAAAACUGAGAGAUGAAGGUGGAAGGAGGCGGAACUUUGGGUAAACCUCUGAACCAACCCAUGCCCCCCCUCCCACUUUCAUGUUUUAGCGAGCAGUAUUAAUGGCGGACUUUAGGAUGACCGGGACAGCAAGGAUGCGAGAGAAUAAAGGGAAUUCCUUAACGGGGCAUAAGUCUGGAGACGCGUGUGCCAAAACCACUAAAAAGAGCGCCUCCUUCUGACGAGCUGAAGAUUCUCGAGGACAGCUUCUAUCUGCCAGAGAAAGUCGAAAAAAUGAUCUCCAGCUGGUACACGUGUAGUCCAAGAGGAUGUCAGGGGCUACAGUCUCUCCUGGCGUCACACACACACACGCCGUCAUCAGCAAACGCUUCUGAGUCCAGCGGCGGGAGGACACGUGCACCGACUUUUUUUUGUUUUUUUUUUGUUUUUUUCAGCUCCGAUGUUUCCACGAGCCGCUCAGUGCUUUGUAUUUAGCCUGUAAUUAUUGUGUAGAUAUUUUUUUUUUUCAAGUGAAGAAGAAAUAAUCUAUUUUGUAUUUCAGCUGAAUCCGAGGUCAAGUUUGUAAACUUUGG